AUGGCUGCUAAGCAAGUUUCAUGGACACCUACCAUGUCAAAGUUCAUGCUGACAUGGCUAAGUGAUUUAGUCUCCAAUGGCAAUAGAACAAGCACUGCCUUCAAGCAAUCACAGUUCAACUCUUGUGCCAUUGCUUUGAAUGAGCAUUUCCAACUUAACUUGAAUGGAGAUCAGAUAAAAAAUCAUAAUAGGACAUGGAAGAGGAAACUUCAGAAAAUAGUGAAACUCAAGGAGUUGAGUGGUGCACUAUGGGAUGAGGACAAGUGUAUGAUUGUUCUUGAUCAUGAGCAUUACACAAAUCAUGUUAAGGCUCACCCAGAGGAUGAACAAUACCUUAAAAAGACUAUUACUCAUUAUAAGGAGAUGGUGAAUAUAGCUGGAGGGAGCAUGGCUACAGGGCAAUAUGCAAAAGGCUCAAGUGACCCUCUUGCUACAAAAGUGGUAAAUCUUGAAGAAGAGACAUCCAAGAAACCCACUGCCCCAAAUGAGGAGGUUGCGCAAUCAACCAAUGUAGGUUCAUCUAGUCCCAAACCAAAGAAAGCCAAACCAAAUCCUUGUGUAGAAGACAAGUUGCACGCAACCAUACUAGCAUCUAGUGAAAGAAUUGCUAUUGCGAUAGAGAAGAGUACUAGCAGCGAGAACAAUGCCAUAGAUGGUCUUUGGGAGAGCAUGAAAGUACUUCCUGGUUUCAGUUUGGAUCACCUUGCUCAUUACUAUGCAUAUUUGGUUGAUAAUCCUCGUGUUGCUAUGGCAUUCAAGGUGUUAGAAGAGGAUCAAAGGAAGGUUUGGGUUUCUAGGUAUGUCAAGAGUACCUUCCCUGAAGCGUAA